AGCAAAAAGUUAAAGAACCAGCUAUAAGGGAGAGUGAAUGAGUGAGAAUCAUGUGAUGAGCCCCUCUUUCUCUCUCUCUCCCGCCGAAUCAAAAAGCCAUAAACUUUGUGUAUAUCCCAACAACUGAACAACCACCACCCUUUUGUUGUGUAUGUGUGUUGUGAGCUCUGAGAGUCUUUCUUGGUUUUGGUUGCCAAUUCAAUGGCGUCAAGCGCUUCAAGGUUCAUCAAGUGUGUGACGGUGGGAGAUGGAGCUGUGGGGAAGACCUGUAUGCUUAUUUGCUACACCAGCAACAAAUUUCCCACUGAUUAUAUACCCACUGUGUUUGAUAACUUCAGCGCUAAUGUGGUGGUUGAAGGCACCACAGUGAACUUAGGCCUAUGGGACACCGCAGGGCAAGAGGAUUACAAUCGAUUAAGGCCAUUGAGCUACAGAGGGGCAGAUGUCUUUGUCUUAGCUUUCUCAUUAGUUAGUCGUGCAAGCUAUGAGAACGUGCUGAAAAAGUGGAUCCCUGAACUCCAGCAUUAUGCUCCCGGAGUCCCAGUUGUACUUGCUGGCACCAAAUUAGAUCUUCGAGAGGAUAAGCACUAUUUGGCUGAUCACCCAGGAUUGGUACCUGUGACCACUGCACAGGGCGAGGAGCUGCGCAAGCAGAUUGGUGCUUCAUUUUAUAUAGAAUGCAGCUCAAAAACUCAGCAGAAUGUGAAAGCAGUUUUUGAUGCUGCGAUCAGGGUGGUUAUCAAGCCUCCACAGAAGCAGAAGGAGAAGAAGAAAAAGGAAAAUCGAGGAUGCCUAGUCAACAUCCUUUGCGGAAGGAGGCUAGUGUGUCUCAAAUGAAAACAUCAACUGCCAUCUUAAUCAUGAUGUGCCGAAGUGCCAGGCAUUCUCUCCAACAAUUCUCUCUGAACCCAGCUUUGAUGCUGGCUUCUUUCUUCGCACUAGAUUUUUUUAAUUUCAUAUUACGUCAUAGAUAACAGGAAAUGGAUACCCCUUGUAACACCGAUAUUCAUUUAUUAAGCUCAUUGUAAAGAACUCAAGGUUAAAAGGCUUUACAUUUGCAGCAGGAAAGCUUUAUUUGGAAAA